GCUGCAAUCAAAAUGGCUAAGAUGGGGAAUUGGGGAACUCAUGCAAUAGUUCUUGUGGGUUUUUUCUUGAGUUCGGCUCUGCUUUGCAGUGGAGGAGUCACUAGUAGUUUUGUAAAGGUUAAUUACCCAUCUGUUGAUAUGCCACUUAACAGUGAUGUUUUUAGUGUGCCCCCAGGUUACAAUGCACCACAACAGGUUCAUAUAACUCAAGGAGACCUUGUAGGGCAAAGUAUGAUUGUGUCUUGGGUCACCGCAGAUGAACCAGGCUCCAGCACUGUUCUUUACUGGGCUGAGAACAGUACGAUGAAAUACAGCGCAGAGGGCUUCUACUUGACCUACAAGUACUACAACUAUUCUUCAGGCUUUAUCCAUCAUUGCACCAUCAAUAACUUGGAGUAUAACACGACAUACUACUACGAGGUAGGGGUCGGAAACACCGCACGACAAUUUUCGUUUAUAACUCCUCCACCAGUUGGCCUUGAUGUUCCUUAUACAUUUGGUCUCAUAGCGGACCUUGGUCAGACUUUGAAUUCAAAUACCACACUCACUCAUUACCAAAUGAACCCUUUGAAGGGGCAAACAGUGUUGUAUGUUGGUGACUUCUCUUAUGCAGAUAACUAUCCAUUUCAUGACAACACUAGGUGGGAUACAUGGGGCAGAUUCAUAGAAAGAAGUGCUGCUUAUCAACCUUGGAUAACUAGCCAAUAUUGGGAUUAA